CUGGAGGACCAGAGAAAUCCCGCCAAAACAUAUAGCAGCGUAGAAGAAGAAGCUCUCGUCCAAUCACAGGCCGAGACUGGCAGCCAACCGGAAGAGGUCCAGUUCUACAUUCCAUCUCAAAACAAGCUUCUAGAAACCUGAAACCUGCUGAAAGGAUGUCUUGUAACACCAGUGUUACUCGUGUUAAGGUGUCCUCUGUGGGCCAGGCACAGCGAGUCCCAGUCCACCUCAUGCCCUGUGAGAUUGAACACAACGGUCCGGCUCAGGUCUCACAAUACCUCACUGCUACCAUGAAAGACGGCAAACUAGAGAAGGCAGUGUCAUUUAGAGGGCGUGGGUUGAAGGGGCAGGAGCUCAGCUGUCCACAGGGCUACACCGGCUUGGUGCUGAAAGAGAUCAACAAGUCCGGCUCUGAUCAAGAGGACAGGACAGUGAAGGUGUCCUCUGUGUUUGACAAGCUGACAUACUGGAACCUGGAGACGCCUCCGAACUCUGAUGAUACAGUGGUGAUGGCGAUGGAUUGGCCAGAGUUGGCUGAGGCGAUCCACGGGCCAUUAGAAGACUGAAGAGAGAGACAACUUCCUGCUCAGAGGUGGCAGGGUGGCGACACCUCAGCGUGUUACAAGUGAAAUGUAGUUUGCUGUUUACUGUCCACAGCCAGCAGAAGAAAUGCUAACAAGUUCAGUGUUACUAUUCCAGAGUAAUAAGUAACAGACUUAAUGUUUAUAUUUUUGUACUGUGUGUUCUUUUCUAGUGAAAUGAAGACAAAUAAAAGAUGUUGACUGACCAAA